AUGCAACGGGUCGUACAGCGCGCAAAGCGCGCGGAAAGGGUGGCCACCCGCCAGUUGGAGAAGCAGAAGAGGCUCCGGGAUGCAGGAGAAGGUUGGGGACGAAAGCAGGCCCAGCUACAAACCGCCCGCAGAGACCGUGGCUUCAUCAGGCAGGAAAGGAGACAACGGAAAGAGGACUGGGAACUAGGACCUCUAGCACCGAGGAGGGACGCCGGCGACAAACGAACAUCAUAUGGGUCGAUAAGUAUAUACGAAUGGAUUCCUGGCGAUGUCGAUCCGAAGAAGAGAGUCAAAUGGUGGCACAUUGCAGCAGGAGACAGAGUAGUCAUGCUCACAGGAAGAGACAGAGGUAAAAUCGGGACAGUUUCCAACGUCCAUCCUGAAAAGAAUGCCUUGCAGAUCCGCAAUUUGAACAUGUACGAUGUCUGGAUGCCGGAGUGGAUGAGGAGUGAGAACAAUGACGACCGUCAUGUGGUGCCUACUCCGGGACACGUUUCUUUGGACGACGUACGACUGGUAUACCCUCUACCUGACCCUGAGACCGGCAUCCCGCGAGACGUCGUCAUCGAUCGUCUGGAAUCCAAGUUCCGCAUGGCCUCCAAGAAAGACGAAGACGAGAGAGGCGAACGCGUUAUUCCAGGCACAAACAUCAUGAUCCCCUGGCCUGCAAAAGCGGACGAUCGUUUCGAAGACCACGAAAUCGACACUCCUCGCUUGAAAGUCGAAGAGGAGACUUUCAGACCUUACUUAUUACGACCCAUUAUGCCUCUUUCCGUCAUUGACGAGCUGCGCAACAAGUACAGCAGAUUCCGAACACGGCACGAUUACGAGUAUAUACAGCAGAAAGAGCUCGAAGACUCAAAGACGGAAGGCAGAAAGGAGCUCAUCAAGACCAUGCGAACACCAAUGCAAGAACUGGCAGCGCUUAGAGCGGCACAGAAGCAAGCUCAACCACCAAAGGAGCUCACGCAAGAUCAGCUUGCCAAGAUUGGAGAGGUCAUUGUCCGGGAGGGAAAGAAAGCGGAAGACGCCAUCAUCGCUGCUAAGAAGGCAAGGCACAGACUGCGUGCAUUGUAA